CCCGUUACCACGCCCACUGAAAGUCAGGCCGGGGAACUGGCCGGUAAGUCAUUGCCGAAGUUCCCCGAUGUUCCAGGUGGUAGUUACCCGUCUCUCCUCCCGGGCCCUGCCGGCGCUGGCCGCGGUGCUGCUGCUGCGCCGAGAUGAGGAGGGAGGAAAUAAACCGCGUUGGGACAGAAGAACCAAAAGCUGGAGGAAAGAAGUUCAUCCCUAUUAUAACCUGAGCGUGACAGUGCUUAGAGCUAAGAAUAUACAUGGAGCUGAUCUGUUAUCUAAAGCGGAUUGCUACGUGCAGUUGCGGCUGCCCACAGCCUCCCCUAUGGCUUCCAGGACUGCCGUGGUGUACAACUCCAGUGAUCCCGAAUGGAAUGAAACGUUUAACUAUCGAGUUCACGGAGCUGUGAAGAAUAUUCUUGAGCUCACACUUUAUGACCGAGAUGUUGUACUGGAUGACAAGCUUUCCUCAGUGGUUUUUGACAUAGGACAUGUUAAACCUGGACAGAGCACUAAGCGAAACUUCAAACUUGGCCCAAAGGAGUCUCUGGAAGUAGAAUUUUCUCUUGAGAAAAGUAAAGAUCCCCCCACCCAGAUUAUCACCAAUGGAGUUCUUGUGGCUCACCCCUGUUUAUGUGUUCAUGGGAAUAUCCACAAGGGAGGAAGCCUAAGUGCACCAAUAGGAAAUCAGCAGCUGAAUCUAUCUAUGCCUGGAUCCUAUGAAAAGCAAAUAAGUACGCCAUUUUCAGCCCUAUCAACACAGGAACAGGGGGUUCCCUUUGUGUUUCAUGCUGACAAAGGCAUAAGCCCUCAGUUAAAUGUUCAUCUACUGAAGACUGUGCGACUUGGAGAGAAUGACUUGGCCCCUGAGCUAGAGAAGCAAACGUUUUUGGUAGGAGAAAGCUCUGUACCGGUUUCAUCACUGCCUGAAGGGAAGGAACAAGGGAUCAACCUACAGCUCUCCAAGGAUCAAAACCUUGAGAUGAAUGUAAAAACAGAGGAAGAUAAUCGGGUGCUUGACAUUCGCCUUGGUUUUGAGCUGUCCCUUGGGGAGAGAGAGUUUUUGGAAAAGAGGAAGAAGGUUGCUGCACGUUGCCUCAAAGAAGUUUUGAAGCUGGAUAACACCCCGGGUGCUAAUGAGGUUCCUGUUAUUGCAGUUCUGGGUUCAGGUGGAGGGACAAGAGCUAUGACCUCAUUCUAUGGAAGUUUAUUGGGCUUACAAAAGCUGAAGCUCCUGGAUAGUGUUACAUACAUAUCGGGAGUGUCUGGAUCAACUUGGUGCAUGUCCACUCUUUAUGAAGACCCUGAUUGGUCCCAGAAAAGUCUUCAAGAGCCAAUCAGCAGGGCUAAAACAUCUGUGACAGCCAGCAAGAGUGGGGCAUUCUCAGCUGAGCGUCUCAAACACUGCACACAGGAGCUCAUAGCCAUGGAGAAGGAUGGACAUAUGGUCAAUUUCACUGACCUGUGGGGACUUGUAAUAGAAUACUUCUUACAUCAGAAGGAGAACCCCGCCAAACUGUCAGACCAGCAGGCCUGUGUGUCCCAGUCCCAGAACCCCUAUCCCAUCUACGCUGGGGUAAAUGUGAGAGUGGACAUCAACGGGGGAGACUUUGCAGAAUGGUGUGAGUUCACUCCACAUGAAGUCGGAUUUCGGAAAUAUGGGGCGUUUGUGCGUACUGAGGAUUUUGCCAGUGAGUUCUUUAUGGGUCAUCUGAUACACAGACGCCAAGAACCUAAAAUCUGCUAUUUGCAAGGUAUUUGGGGCAGCGCAUUUGCUGCAAACCUUGAUGAGAUCUGGUCCCGUGCAGCUGGCACAGGAAUCCGCUGGUUCAACUCACUGACGGAUGCAAUAAGGGUAAUAGAUGACUGUCGAAAAUUACAUUUGCGAGAUUCCUCUCGACUGAAGACCCGCCUAGUGAUGCCAGGAGGAUUUGUCUCCAGCAUGUUCCAAGAGAUAUUCAAGUCCCGCUUUACUGCCGGCGAGUGGUAUAACUUUACUCGGGGGCUGUAUCUUUACAAGGACUACUUGGGGGUCCGAGAGUUUUUGGCUUGGAAAGGUACUCAUCUGGAUGCCUUCCCCAAUCAAUUAACUCCUAUGGAAGAAAACUUAUACUUGGUAGACGGAGGAUUCUCGAUUAACUCUCCUUUUCCCCUGGUUCUGCAGCCUGAGAGGGAUGUUGAUGUUAUUUUCUCCUUUAACUACUCAUGGGAUGCUCCAUUUGAGGUGCUGCACUUGAGCUCCACCUACUGCAGAGAGAGAGGCAUCCCCUUUCCAGAAAUCACCUUGACCAAAGAGGAUGAGAAGCAGCCAAAGGAAUGCUACGUGUUCAUGGACCAUAAUAACCCUAGAACUCCCAUAGUGCUUCACUUCCCCAUGGUCAACAACACAUUCCAAAAUUUCAUAGAACCAGGAGUCGAGCGGAAGACUGAAGAGGAGAAAUUAAAUGGAGAAGUAGACUUAAACAGAAAGGAGUCACCGUACCGGACAAAGAACUUUACAUAUGAGCCACAGCACUUUGACCGUUUGGUAGCAGUGAAUCAGUAUAAUGUGCUGAACAGCAGUGAACAGAUUUCAGGAGCACUAAAAGCAGCAGUGGCUCGUAGGAAGAAUAAAUUAGCUAAGCUGCCACCUAAAAGACAUGUGUGAUGGGCAUUAUAAACCUAUGCAACGAAAUAAUUUAUAAUUCCGCUUGCAGCUCAACAGGCCUGUGUAACUUGAUGUUUUCAAAUGCCAGCUCAUUUUGUUUGCUUGGUUGGUGGUGUAUUCCAGAAAGUAACUUACCAACUACAAACUUGUCUGUUUUGAUGGCUGUGCAUUGACCAGGCUGCUGGGUAUUUGGCUGAACAUAUAAAUGUGAGAUUUGUCAAGCCACAUGGAUGGCUUAUUAGCAUUGUGAGUGUUUUGAAUGACAGAAUCUGACUGGUGCCAAUACCCAAUCUACCUGUGGGGGAAGGAGAAAUUGGGAACAGACAGAAAAAUCUGAAAGGAUGUCAAUACUGCCUCCAUAAUGGGUCAUACAUGCCCGUGCAGUUGGGCAAGAUCAGUAGGGCCAGCUAAAAGCUAAAAUCAGUUGCUUUAGACUUGAGAUAAAAAUGCCUUAUUUUGCUGAGACCUAAAGAGAUUCUGAUUUUUAUGGUACACUUGUAUUUCUAAAUUACACACUGUACAUUGCAAGUCAUUCAUUUUACCAUUUAAAAUGUUAUU